CCAUCUCCUCCAUCGUCCCUCCCCUUGAUCCCAUCUCUUCCAUCGUCCCUCCCCUUUCCCCUUGGUCCCAUCUCUUCCAUCGUCCCUCCCCUUUCCCCUUGGUCCCAUGUCCUCCAUCGUCCCUCCCCUUGGUCCCAUCUCUUCCAUCGUCCCUCCCCUUUCCCCUUGGUCCCAUCUCUUCCAUCGUCCCUCCCCUUGAUCCAAUCUCUUCCAUCGUCCCUUCCCUUGGUCCCAUCUCUUCCAUCGUCCCUCCCCUUGGUCCCAUCUCUUCCAUUGUUCCUCCCCUUGGUCCCAUCUCUUCCAUCGUCCCUCCCCUUGAUCCCAUCUCCUCCAUCGUCCCUCCCCUUGAUCCCAUCUCCUCCAUCGUCCCUCCCCUUGGUCCCAUCUCUUCCAUCGUCCCUCCCCUUGAUCCCAUCUCUUCCAUCGUCCCUCCCCUUGGUCCCAUCUCUUCCAUCGUCCCUCCCCUUGAUCCCAUCUCUUCCAUCGUCCCUCCCCUUGAUCCCAUCUCCUCCAUCGUCCCUCCCCUUGGUCCCAUCUCUUCCAUCGUCCCUCCCCUUGGUCCCAUCUCUUCCAUUGUUCCUCCCCUUGGUCCCAUCUCUUCCAUCGUCCCUCCCCUUGAUCCCAUCUCCUCCAUCGUCCCUCCCCUUGAUCCCAUCUCCUCCAUCGUCCCUCCCCUUGAUCCCAUCUCCUCCAUCGUCCCUCCCCUUGGUCCCAUCUCUUCCAUCGUCCCUCCCCUUGAUCCCAUCUCCUCCAUCGUCCCUCCCCUUGAUCCCAUCUCCUCCAUCGUCCCUCCCCUUGAUCCCAUCUCCUCCAUCGUCCCUCCCCUUGGUCCCAUCUCUUCCAUCGUCCCUCCCCUUGAUCCCAUCUCUUCCAUCGUCCCUCCCCUUGAUCCCAUCUCUUCCAUCGUCCCUCCCCUUCGUC